AUGGCCCGCGCCCUGACCUGGAGCUGCUGCCGCUGGUGCCUGACCGAGGACGAGAAGACGGCGGCCCGGAUCGACCAGGAGAUCAACAAGAUCCUCCUGGAGCAGAAGAAGCGGGACCGCGGGGAGCUGAAGCUGCUGCUGCUCGGCCCCGGCGAGAGCGGGAAGAGCACGUUCAUCAAGCAGAUGCGGAUCAUCCACGGGGCGGGCUACUCGGAGGAGGACCGCAAGAGCUUCCGGCCCCUCGUCUACCAGAACAUCUUCGUGUCCAUGCGGGCCAUGAUCGAGGCCAUGGACAGGCUGCAGAUCCCCUACAGCCGGCCGGAGAGCGAGCACCACGCCGACCUGGUCAUGAGCCAGGACCCCUACAAAGUGACCACCUUCGAGAAGCGCUUCGCCGUGGCCAUGCAGCGGCUGUGGAGCGACGCCGGCAUCCGCGCCUGCUACGAGCGCCGGCGCGAGUUCCACCUGCUCGACUCAGCGGUGUACUACCUGUCGAAUCUGGAGCGCAUCACAGAGGAGGGCUACAUCCCCACAGCACAGGACGUGCUCCGCAGUCGCAUGCCCACCACGGGCAUCAAUGAGUACUGCUUCUCCGUGCAGAAAACCAACCUGCGGAUCGUGGAUGUUGGGGGCCAGAAGUCAGAACGCAAGAAGUGGAUCCACUGUUUCGAGAACGUGAUCGCCCUCAUCUACCUGGCCUCACUGAGUGAAUAUGACCAGUGUCUGGAGGAGAACAACCAAGAGAACCGAAUGAAGGAGAGCCUGGCCCUGUUCGGCACGAUCCUGGAACUGCCCUGGUUCAAAAGCACUUCCGUCAUCCUCUUCCUCAACAAAACCGACAUCCUGGAGGAGAAGAUCCCCAUCUCCCACCUGGCUACCUACUUCCCCAGUUUCCAGGGCCCGAAGCAGGAUGCGGAGGCAGCCAAGAGGUUCAUCCUGGACAUGUACGUCGGCAUGUACGCCGGCUGCGUGGACGGCGCCGAGGGGAGCAGGAAGGGCCCGCGCUCCCGCCGCCUCUUCAGCCACUACACGUGCGCCACGGACACGCAGAACAUCCGCAAGGUCUUCAAGGACGUGCGGGACUCGGUCCUGGCCCGCUACCUGGACGAGAUCAACCUGCUGUGACCCAGACCCGCCGCCCGGGACUCGGACGCGCGCUUGGCAAGAGGGACCUGAGGGCGGGUGGGCGCUGAGCGGGCCGGCGCUCCGUGAGCCCGGGCGGCCCUUGUUGGCUCCAGCGCCGGGCCCAGGUGCCGGAAAGGCCACGACUGAGUCGGGGUGGAAGGUCGCCGCCACCUGCUUCUCUGCCCCUCACCAGGACAGCCUCUGAAUCCUCCUUCCCUUGACUCAGUUUACCUCCUUGGUGAGGGAGCGCGAUGGCCAUUUGGGAGGCCAGGGUGCAAGAAAAGGUGAAAAAAGCAGGAAAUCGAGGACUCGGGUGGGUGGGGCUCUCUCAGGACCCCCACUUCCAGGCAUGUCCCCUGUUGGGCAGGGGUCUAGGACCGUUUGGGGGCCUGAUGCGCCAACCCCGGGACCAUGCUGAUGGUCGAGGACUCUGUCGCCCCCUGGCGGACAGGAGUGGGCAUCCCAGUCUGAGGUCUGGGCAGCUCAGGGACUUCCGUUUUUUCAGGAAGAGGCGCCCUGGGGCUUGGGGGGGGGGGACUGUCUCUUUCGGAGCCUCGUGGCUUGAAGUGUGUCCUGCCCCAGUCUGCAGACGAGGGAAACCGAGGCCCACGGGCGUCUCCCCUCCUUCCCAGGCCGGGGGCCGGGCGCGCUGCAUCUUACAAGCUCUGUAUUUAUUCCCUCACCUUCUGCGGGGCCCUUUGCAGGGUGGACAUUAAAGGAAUGACAUUCUGGA